GGGCCAUGCAGCAGAAAUUUCAGACAUCAGCAUCUCCGAAGAUAAUACGCUGUUGGCAACGGGCUCUGUGGACCGAUCAGUCAGAGUUUGGUGUUUGCAAACAGCGGCCCCAGUGUGUUUGUUUCGGUCACAUUCCGCCAUAGUUACACUGGUUACAUUUCUGCCAUUUGUUGACGGGACAGUGCGUUAUUUGGCUUCAGCUGGUGGCGAUUGCACUGUUAAUUUCUAUCGCUACUGCUCUGCGGAUCGUGAAUUUGAGUCUGCACCGAUACAGUUUUUUGAGCGCACAACAGCGGGCCCUCGCAUUGUCAGCACAUGUCACAGUCCCGGGGGCAGUUUGGUUGUUUUCGGUGACACUCAUAACAAGCUGAGAAUUUAUCGAAUUAAACGGGACGGAAUUGAGAAAUUAAUCGAUAUCGAUGCACACACGGAUCGCGUUGAUAGUCUGGAAUGGGCACAUAUGGGGUUACGCUUUGCGAGUGGUAGUCGUGAUGGCACUGCAAAAGUAUGGAAAUUUGAGUGCAACAGUUGGAUGCCGAUUGUUUUGCAUCCGAAAGUGAAGUACGUCUUUUUCUCUGUGACUUUUCAUGUUUUCAGCAAGCAAAAAAAUAAUGCAAAAUUAAUUCUCAUGAGUUAA